UACAUCUGCAUAACUAAUUUUCCGUAUAUUGGGGCCCUGUCGAAGAUUGUAUAUAUAUAUAUACGCCAUAAAGAAAUCAAAUUCAAAACUAGGCCACGCGGGGCCAGGCCUGUAGUCUGAAACACGGUUUCUUUAUAAUUUAUAAUGGUCCUAUCUUAUACAUGAACCAUGUAAGGACACUGAAGACGCCUGUGAAUGAAUUUAUCGUUCAGCGUAUUUAACUAACAGUAACGCUAUCACAAAUAUGUAUAUGCAUGCUCCUUCGAGCUAGCCCAGGCAAAAAAGUUAAUUUCAGAAAGGAGGGAUUAGUUGAUCUUUCUUUCUAAAAGUCGGUGAUUAAAAAUAAUUAACUGCAUUUAUGAACUUCCACAUGCAUGGCGAGACAAUCUGCAUGGGUAAGCUUAUUUUAGCAAAGUUAAAACGGCUCAGUCGAGAAAAAUCUUUGCAAUAAUAUCAUUUAUUCAUGCAGCUCUGGCAAAAUUAUAGGAGCUGUUUUGCUUGAGAUUUUAAUCUUAAAAAACAUCACAAUCAAGCACAAACUGACUGCAGGCGUAAACAGAAAAAAUAUCAGGCACCCAAUCGAUAAACCGAACAUUUCGAUUUGUUCUCUGCGAGAAAUGAUUACCUGAUAAACGUGGUUUAACAAAAAAUUAAGGUUUUGCGUGCCUAAAAUUGAUCAGUUUCUGAAAAAAUACCAAGAAUAUAUUUUCCGUUUUAAUCAAAGCCAAACGAGGCGUUUCCAGAAAGAACUCAAAGACGUUUUCGUAUGUAGCUAUAUAUAACUUUUAUAUCUCUGUAAGGCGGUUUAUCUAUAUGUUGGCUGUGGUUAUCCACGUAUAGCUGUGCAAAUCAGUCACUGUUGAUUCUCUGUCAAAUGCUGACAAAUGCUGAUCUCGAGUGCAAUAAUAAGUUAUAGGUAGCCUGUUUUCAAACGAAGUAAAUUAAUGCAACUUGUAGUUCUAAAACGAAAAGCAACGCAGCGACUUGCACAAUAAUACUAAAAGCAAGCACAAAGCUCUGAGGUUUUGGGGUGUAUAUUUGUAUACUAAAAUAUGAUUUAGCUAUGGCACAUAUAUGAGAGUCGGAAACAAUGACCAUGCGAAAAAUAUUUCGAUCCAAAUAAUUAAUAGAUAAAAAACCCAUUAGGCGCUCUAUGUGAUAAUAGUCACUUGAAAGACGACCGCAACUCGGUCACGACACUAGACAUGCAUUACACCUCGUCUACUUCAAAAAACAAGUGUUUGCGAAAGAAUAUUGUUUACAUUCCAAUCGCAAGAAUUGGCAGUGAUAUAGUCUACCUGCGGUUUUGAAGUAGUUUUCUACAAGGGAAUUUGCUUGCCCUCAUCGUGCAAAGAAAUCUAACAGCAGAUGUUGGGUUUGCAUCCCAUGUUUUCUAACAAAAGAUAAAAGCUUAUCAUGGAAAAGGCUUUAUUAUAAAUGAAUACGAUAUCUGGACAUGGUCCUGUUUUGUUUCCUAUAUUUCAAUCAUGCAGUGGGAAAAUCAUCUAUAAACGCGUAUGCACAGGAAAUAUAGAACUAUAAAAGGUGUUAAAGGAAACCUUCAAUAAACAGUUUCUGAAUGUAUCAACAACAAAUAAAACUAUUGUUUCUAGGUCGGAUAAUCCAUAGCAGGCGGGUGCAGGAAGCUGUUUUAGAAUAGCUUAGUGUGAUUCAUAGACAAAUAGACACAUUGAGGUAGGCCAACGUUUGGAGCAAAAACCCGCGUCAUUUGAAUUUUAAGAAUUAUUAUCUCUAGAGUGAGUAGGCGAAACUUUGUGUUUGUGCUUUUACAGUGAAUAUAAAAUACGAUCACGUGAAACUAAACCAAUCAGAUGAAGCUAAAAAAAAUAUGUAGAUUUUACCGGAUAUCUUUUAGGAAAGUGCACGAAUAAGAUUGUGUACGGAAGAGGAGAUAGGUAUAUGCAGAUUUCACGCCGGGAUUAAAUGAGGCCGAAACGGUCAUUAAUAUUGCAAAAAGUGAAAAAAUGAAAAAAGUUUUCUCUGUUUUAGAACUAUCGCUAAUAUUUAGACUUCCAUUCUCUUAAAAACUUUCCAGUUUCGCAAUGUUGAGCAGGUCACUUUAGUUUACCACUUGUGGAAAAGUGCCUGACAUAUACAGACUUGGUACCGAGAUGAUAGUGUAGGAAUCUUCAUAUAAAAAUCCCAAAUCUUACAGUUUACCAUAAACCUUACAGAGAGCUCAGAGAGCUUAGGUAGGCUAUCCAACUAUGGAAUGCAACAAGUCCUUGACUUGUAGACUUGUUCAUGAUAAUUUGCAUUGGCGAUUUUGGUUUCCACAUCUAUUCAUGUCGAAAAGACUAAAGACAUGCACCAAGCCCAUUAGCCUAUAGGGGCUAACUGAAUGCACGGGAAAGAGAGCGCUAAGAUGGGAUUUUCAAGCUAUAUUGACUUAGGAAGACAUUUUAGCGUAUAAGAUUUUGAGAAAGGAAACCGAGUUUAAAGGCUACGAGGUGGGAAGGAAGGAGACAGCCUCCCUGUUCCCUUUGUUUUGAUUCGGGCAAAAAGCUUUCGCAGAUUCGGGCGAAACAGAAAUAACGAGUUGUGAGAAGAGUAAGAAAUUUAAGCGACUUUAAUUGGUCCUGUUCAGAGACGUUUAAGUCCAUACGCCGUAUUGUAAUUAUGUUUUUUUCAUUUGCUUUGUUUAUAAUUAUGUUUUUUUCCUUUGGCUUGUUUGUAUUUUAUAGAAAAAUAACAAAAACUGAAGAACCUAGUGUGCGGCUAAAAUUCCAAUUUCAGAAAUUCUGAAUGUAUGUUAUUUUAUCUCGGUCGAACCUUUUCCCUUGGUCGCCUAAACAGCGAACUUAAGUUCAAAAAGAAGUGGAUAAAUCUUUGUGGUGUAAAUAGCCAGAGGGCCCCUCAGUAUUGUGUACAUUUUAGGAUGUGAUAACUAAAAGCCGUUUGUUUAAAAUCCGAAGACAUUUCCGACAGUUGAUAACAAUAUAGGAAACGAAUCUUUAUGAAAUCAUCAAUAUUGAAAUAGCUAUUGUGCGAGGCACAUGGCGUGCUGUCUCGAAUGCUCCGGAAAAUACGGAAUUGGGAGUGGAAAAUUAAACAGGAAAUUGUACCCAGCCCACAUCAACAAUAUAAACUGAGUCUAUGAGUAAGCAUUUUAGUGUCAAUCAUACUUGUUAGUCGGGACGGAUUCAAAUGAUAAUUGCUUGGAGGAUCUGACCGAGGGAUACCGCAAUAUUUGAUGCAGCAUGGCCGCUUUCAACUUAACCAGUAAUCACACUGAAGAAUCUUUGCCUUUGAAGAAGACCGACAUUGACAUUACGCCUUUCGUAUUUGGUCUUUUCAUUGCAUUCAUGACCGUAAUUCUGAAUGGAUUUCUCCUUGUUGUCCUAGCCAAAGAACGAAAAUCAUUUAUGCAUAUGCGAGUCACCUACUACAUUAUCAACCUAGGAAUCGCAGACUUUCUUACUGGUGCAAUAAUUCUAUUCCUGGUUAUAACGCGUUUAUUCCAGAUACCAUUGUCAUCAACAUCUGAAGAAAUUUUGGUCAUCUUUAACUGGAUAACAAUGCAGUGUUCAUUCUAUACUCUGGUAUUGAUGUCCGUCGACCGCCUCGUCAUAGUCCUGUAUUCAAUGUCUUGGUCUGGCAUUCUCACAGUGAGGAGGACAAUUAUCAGCACUGCCAUUGUCUGGGUGUUGUCAGUCACCGGUGGCAUAAUCAUGCACUUUUACCAAGUGGAAACUCGAUUGGCGAUUUUGGGUAUCGUGCAAUUAUCAAUCCUCGUCUUCAUAGUCAACAGUUUGUUUAUUUAUCCGGUGCUGAGAAAACGCGAGAAAGGAAGGUUCGUCACAAAAGUGAGCGCAAGUCAGACGGUUUAUAGUGAACGAGUGCUCUAUCCUUUACCUUAUGAUAACAUGUCAAGGGUCGUGAUGAUACUGAUUGUGGUAUUGAUGAUAACUCAACUACCGUUUGUUAUCUGCAUGGAAAUGCGGUUGAUUAAAAGACUAUGUGGUGAUGGUGUUCUGGAGUUUGCUCGCACCAAGCUCUUUACCAUUAUCUAUUUGUACGCGCAGUCUUUUGCGUGCUUGAACUUCGCAAUAAACCCGGUCGUGUAUGCUUGGAGAAUAAAGAAGUACCGCGAGGCUUUUGCUAAUUGUCUUUGUUGGUAGAGACAGUCUUUGUUUCGAGUUCAAGAUAUCGUUAUGCGGACGUUCUCACGACUCGUUGGUUGAUACAAUCUGUGAUAUAACCUUCAACAUCAGUGACGACAAUUUUCACGCAUUGAUAUCGUCUAACAAGAUCAAAAUCUUGCCUUAUAUUUAGUCAUUCCGGAAAGAAGAUUCAAUCACCCCCAUUCGCAUGGAUAAAUGGCAACCACUGACAUAUACUAUGACUUGAUAUUGCAUUGAAUUCGCCAUGAUAAAUAAAAGGGCUAAACUGAGUGCAUGAAAGAGUUGAGAGGAAGGAUAUCUUGUGAAUAGCACAUAUACAUGAGCUUGUGUGUUAGUUUGAUGCCCUUGGCUUGAGUGUUUUUCUUUCCACAUCUUCACGCCACUUUAUAUAUAUAUAUAUAGGUAGUUCAAAUAUGGUGCCCUCUUCGAGGCCGGGAUAUUAUUAGUAUAGUAGAGUAUCAACUUGUGAAAUAUAGAUUAAAGUUCCUAAUACUUCGGAACGUUAGGUUAAUUUAUAACGGUAGUUUGGAAUGUUAGUCUCGCUAGUUCUUCAUAUCGAAAUAAACUGGGAUAAAUAUUAUGGGUAAUAUACAGAUACAACAAGCGAAGACGAUAGGUACACAAAAACAAUAUAUGUGGAAGACCGAAUGAAAUAACAUUGUAAUAACAAAUGUAUUGAGAAAAAAUAAUCUGGAACUUUUGUAAUCACUUCUAAUACACAAACACAAUAU